GUUUUUAUGCUGCUUUCAAAGUCUUUAUCUGCUAAUUUUUGUUUAUUUCCUCGUCACUUUUCCCGGAAAAUCUUUCCCGGAAAAAAAGGAUAGAGGGAGAGAUAAAUUUUCUUACUAUCUUGAAAGUUGAAACCUAAGCAUUCUGAUGCAACAUCAAGCGGUGGUCGUCGUAUAAUAAUUUGAUUUGACAGUUUUUUGGUUCCCAUUACGACGAUCAUGGUUGCGGGUUUAUGCCGCCCCUUAAGCGAUCGAGCUUUCGAGAGAUGUUUCCAUGUCUUCCCUUGUCUCGCCGAUCCCGCUCGGCGUGCUGCUUUGGGUCUGAGAGUGACAUUAGUAAUGCUGCAUCUGAUAUAUGCGGGCAUUAUCUUCCUUUUCGAUGGUGAUUUGAUAAACGAAACGAAAACAGAACCAUGGUAUGUAGAAGCAUCAGUUGGAUUGAAUUCCUUUGUUAUCAUUCAAAGACAGUCUGCUUCAAACGGAAAUGGAAGCUUGCUUGUUACUGUGGAGAGAGAAUCAGGUACAAAUGCUCAAGGGAGUAAUGCCAUAUCUUGGACAAAACUGGUGAUGGACAUGUAUCCACGAGGAACAACUGUUAGUUUUCCUUUAUUGAUGCCUGAAGUAGAGGGACCAUGUGGAAUAAGAGUUGUACGUGCUCAUAUUGUCAUGUUGAACAGCCUCCACGAGCAAAGCAUUGUCAUGAUUGUGAGAGAUGCGUUCUCCAGUUUGAUCAUCAUUGUGUUUGGCUAGGGACAUGCAUUGGCCAGGGUAAUCAUUGUCGGUUUUGGUGGUACAUUUGUGAAGAGACAGCAUUAUGCCUCUGGACUGCAAUCUUUUACAUUACAUACCUCAAGGGUAAUAUAACAAGGGCAUGGUGGAAGGAUGCUAUCAUCAUAAUGCUGUUGAUUUUCUUGUUAAUUUCCCUCAUCUUUCUGCUGCUGCUGCUACUUUUUCAUAGCUAUCUUGUUUUGACCAAUCAAACUACCUAUGAACUUGUGAGACGUAGACGUGUCUUAUACCUAAGUGGAAUUCCUGAGCGAGUAUAUCCCUUCAGUAAAGGAGUUUGCAUGAAUCUAUACAACUUCUGUUGUGCUAGAACCAACAUAUGCACUUUUGAACCUUUGCCCACGCAGCUUGAACUCGAAGAGAAGUCAAGACCCUAUACAUUCUUGGAUGUUUUAAAAUGCCGUUGCUGCUGAGUCACUGAUAUUGCAGGACAUUGUAAUUGUACCAUUAUCUUUUCCACAAUUUUUUCUCCUGAAAAUUCGUUGUCAGCUCCGUUUGAGAGUCCGGUUCUUUGGUAUAAUUUCUUUAGCAAGACAAGAUGCAGGAUUCAUACGUAGGGAUUGUUCCAGAUGAUUCAGUUUUUAGAUCUUUAGUGAAAAUUGUCACGUGAU